GCUUUUCAAAGUGCGGGCGGAGAAGAUGAGCUCACCUGGCCUCUCAGUCUGUUUCACCUCAUCCAUGUUGACUUGACGGUGAAUUUCAGGGACUUGACGGACAUCAUCUUCUCUCCACUGCCUACGUGACCGUGAAGACAGGCGAACCUUUUUUUUUUCUUUUAAACAAUAACAUGUUAGUUUACGGAAGUCAAGGCGGUUACGUCCAACUCGGCUGUGAAACUACAACAACGUGAUUGCGACCAAGUGUUACGCUUCAUUUGUGCCAACAAGGUUGUGAUUCUACUUUUGCAACAUGCAGCCAGGUGGGGUAAAUAAAGGAGUGGCUGGCAUGAGUGAGCUGUUCCACUCUCUGAAGGUGUAUCUGAACAACAAGAACAGACUGCAGCCCAUCAUUGGUCUGGGCAGUGUCACAGAGUGUGUGAAGGCAGGCAGACACAACAAAGAAGCAUUGUACCUGUGUGAGGUGUGUGUGUGUCGCCUCAGUAAGUCUGACAUACGGAACCACAUCAUGGGAAGUCUUCACCGAUACAACUACAUUAAAGCCUGGCACCCGCACUUUGUAGCAGAAUGGAAGGACAAUCCUGACCUGUCCAAGCUGGCCUGGCCACUGAUGGAGAUGUCUAAGCUACUGGAGAAAAGAGAGGGACCUGGAGAUGUACAGGUACUGGAGUUUGAAGAAGCUGUGUACCAGAAGAUGACAUCACUCAGUGAGGCUGAGGCUGUAACUCUGUUAACUUCCUGCAGACGUAGGCAGGGGCAGAGUAAAACUGUGAGCCAAUCAGAGACCACUUCUGACCAGCCAGAGAGCGGCAUCGUCCCAUCACAGAGGGUUGUGUUGCUUCCCCAGAGGCACCAGGGACAAUCAAAGGAAAAAGCGGACCAAGUUGUCAAGUUGAAAAGCCCAGUACAGCAAAAUGAGAACAGUUUGGAGUCAGCUGAACUCUCUGUACAGCGGGAGAAUGAAGACAGUUUUCUUGAUGGCUACACAGGGACCAAGACUCUUAUAGGUCUCAAGCAUGUGGUUGAGUGUAGAAGUGAAGAAGACGGCCACCCGUACUGUUUCUUAUGCCACUGCUGCCGAAUCAAAUGUAUCAAAGAUGACCUCAUUGAUCACCUGACCAGUUCCUCCCAUGUCUUCAACUACUUGAUGGAAGUUCAUCCUGAGCAGGUGGAGGUAAAGAAGAUGGGGAUUCAUGGCAAUGGUCAGCUUCUCCAAUCAAUGGCCAAGAAGGUGGAGCAAGAGGAAGGCAGAGGACAAUUUAAGGUGAUGAGGGUACCAGCCUCCCUCGGUAUCCUCCUGACCGGCAACAGUUAUCACUGGUGUAUGACGAGGCUUUUUAAUGGUAUCCAUAAUGCUAAUGACUCAACAAGUACUAAUAUCCAGAAGAAGAAAAUGGUAAAAGGGCCAAGUGUUGGCACCAUCAAAGCCUCAAAUCAAGGCGUGCCACACAAACGCACUGCAGUACAGUCAAAACAGGCAAAUGACUCCAAGAAGAAGAAGAAGAUGAAGAUGAAGAAGAAAGUGGACAAUGUGACUAAUACUGUGUUCAAGGUAAGCCUGCCUCUGACCACAGGUUCAACGCUGCUGGAGAGGACAUCUUUCAGCCUGGACAAGCUCCCUGUAUCACCUAUAGCCAGCCCAGCUCUUAGCCCUUCACCAGAGCCCCAGACAGAGGACUCUGACUUGAGGCAACUUGUGGUUAACCAGGAUGAGGAUACAACCUUGCAGCCUCAGUUUGACUUUUGUACUGGAGACAUGGAAAAACAUACCAAUGGUCAGUACCCUGGACAAGAAGGAAACUUCAGAGUCACCCUGUAUCAAAAGGUGUGUGGUUAUGUCAGUGAGAGUCAGUGUUUUAACCAGCCUGAAAACAUAACUGGAACAAACCCAUAUGUACAAAGCAACCAACAGCCGGCAUAUGAGACAGGACAUCUACCAGCCCAUACCUCUUUUAAUCAGCAUCAUAUUCAAAGAGGAUUAAUUAAGACCUUUGAUGAGGACUGGAAAAAUGAAGGUCAGUACAAUGAAGGCGAAGAGCUAACAGCCAAUGUGUACCACACUCAGGAUCAGUCAACUUACAGCUCCUACCACAGGAGAGAGGAGGGUUACACUCAAGAGCAGUGGUACGGUUCUGAUUUACAAAAUAAAGUUGCCUUGAAAGUGGAAGUGCCAAGAGAGGGACAGAGGGAAAUUGGCUCAGGCACUAAUCAUCGACAGUAUUACCAGCCCCAGCAACAAUACUUGGCACAAGAUUAUACACAUUUUCCUACAGACAGUUUAGGGCAUUGUGCCCCCACUGGUGAAAUGGCUUCUCAUUUAGAUGUUGAUAGGAGCAACAUGGGUCCAAACUUAAAUACUUCCAGUGCUUACAGCGGUGCCAUCACAGCAGAGCCCAGGCCACAAUUCCUUGAAAUGGAACAAAGAGGACCGCAGACUUUGGAAUAUAGUCAAUCCUCUUCUGGGUAUGUCCAAACAGCUCCAAAUACAAACAUGAUGCAGCCUAUGGUCUUGCCACCCUACCAAGGAGGCCAUAGAGUGACCCCUGACCCCUACUACAAUAAUGGACCUUGGACCAACCCAGACCCGGACCUUCCUCAGCCAAACAUGCAUGCUGCUGGACGCAGAUCCCAGCCCAAUGUGUUCAUCCCGCCUGAGCAAAGCCAGGGUUAUGAAAGGCACUCUGAUCUUUAUUUGAGAGGGGUUGGUAACAGUUCCUCAGAUAUGUUGGUGACAGAGAUAAGAUGGGUACCCUCUCCAUACAUCAAUACUUAUCCUGGUCCCAGUCCAGCUGCAGCUCCUCAGUGGAGCCACACUUCUGUUCAAAACCCUGUUGGGUCCAGUUACACUCAGAUGAUCCAACAUUUUUUCUAAAGUUACUGUUAUAGACUUUUUGUUCCUCUACAAAGACUUGAGCACAUCUGAUUUCCUCUCUGAAUGGGAAUCUGUCCUAAUAAUGGAGUGGUAUUUUGGCGUUUACGAUACACCCUUCAUAGCUUGUUGGGGUUAUACAACCUGAGAAGUAUUCAGCUUUGCCCUCCUUGACUCAUUUAUAUUACAUCACCUUUCAACUUCAGCAGUGUUAUUUCAUAUAAAGCAGUGUUCCUUUCAUAUGAUGUUGAGGCUGUGUAGCUUUUUUUCCAACUUAAACGUAGAGGCAGGUCAGAUUUCUUGCUUAUUUAUUAAACUGAAACAAGUCAAGUAGGCUUGUAGCCUUUAUUAUUAAAAGCUUAUAGCGUAAAUUGACAUAUCCUAAUUUUGAGCCACAGGUGCGUAAUGAAAUGGAUAAUGAUAAACAAAAAUCCCCAAUUUUUCUCAGCUUGAGUUAUUCAUACACAUAGCCUACUUUUAUAUGAUGGAUGAGCUUUCUGAUGUUAUAAGUGCUAAGAAAUGCUCAGUUGAUCCAUUUGCAUAUCCAUGGGUACUUCACUCUUUUAUGCUUCAAGGCUUCGAGGUGCACACCAGUUAUUUGAUUUCUUAAAAUCUUUUUAGUUCAGAGUUAGCAGCAGUGUAGCCCAAGUCAAAAUAAGAAUUAAUCUACCUCUUGUUAUAUGUGAAGAAUAUACACAGAUGACGCAAGCCAUACAAUUAGAAUUGAUGACAAUGAAACCAUUUAAAAUGGAAAAGCACUACCUUUUAUUUCUACAUUACUUGAUGUCAUUUGUAUCUCAAAAAAAAAAAAAAAAAAAAAUCUCUCUCUAUAUAUAUCUUGGUCUUGGCCAUUCAUGUGCAGAUUAUGUUCAUUUGCUCCUGUGUUUCUCUUAACAAUCUGCCAAGUUUUAGGCAGUUUUGGCUAAGAAAGCUGUGGACCUAUAAUGGAGAAAUGAUUCCAUAUAUUUUCCAAUAGUAAUGAGGCUGUGGUUUUAGUUGAGGCUAAAUCUGUUAAAACUGACAACAUUUCCCAUUCUUUAUGGACCAUUGUGGCUACGUCUCUAGUUAAAAUAGCCAAGCUGCCUGUGAUUUGUGGGUGAAUGACACCAUAUACUUUAAUUAAUUAAACCUGUCAUGGACCAGGUCAAAAUUAUUUUACCAGGUCAUAUUCCAGUAUUAUGUGCCUACUUGUCAAAACUGUGUUAUGCCACUCUGUCAUAAGAUAAAACUGACUGGAAGUAGCAUGCCUUUCUUUAUUCAAACCAUUUCUUUGAUGCAGAUACAAUAUAUUGUAUUUCUUGUUACAAUUACUAUGGUAUGAAAUAAUCUACGGUUAACAUGAUACAUAUUUCUUUCUUUUUGGUUGCUUUGGACCUUGAAUAUCUUAGGCAGUCUAAAGCUUUCUGUUGAUAACUGUUGGCUCCCAUUGUUAUGGCUCCACAGCAGUCACUUAGACUUGAAACAAUUUUUGUACAGA